UCGGAAUGUUUCGCGCAGUGUGCUGCCGCAUUGGCGGAGGGGCGGCAGUCAUUGGGCGUUCAUCCGUGAGAAGCGUCCAUAUCACUGGGAACCAGGUGCGCCCUGGUGUGGCUAUUGAGGUUGAUGGGAAGCUCUACCGUGUGGUCAAGAGUCAGUCGGUGAAACCUGGGAAAGGUGUGGCGUACAUGCAAGCUGAACUCAAGGAGAUCACGACGGGCCACAAGAUCAACCGUCGCUUCCGGUCGUCUGAGUCUGUCAAGAAGGCGCCGCUGACCAAGGACAGGCCGUUCCAGUUCCUGUACAAUGACGGAAACAAGCUCGUGUUGAUGGAACCGUCCACGUUUGAACAGCUAGAAGUGGGGACAGAUAUCCUGCAAGACAACCAGCUCAAGUACUUGAGCGAAGGCACUUUGGUGACCCUUCAAAUUGUCGACGGGGUGCCUCUGUGGAUGAAUUUGCCCGAUCAUGUUGUCCAUGUGGUCGAAAAAACAACGGCUGGCGCUGGGAACGGCAAAGAAGCUACGCUGGCCAACGGCACCGAAGUCCAAGUACCUGGCUCCAUCGAAGUGGGCGAUUCCAUCAAGAUUUCAUCCGACACGGGCCUUUUCGUGGAAAAAGUGGCUCUUUAACUAGACUAUGCACAUGUUGUUCACUUGUACUAGUAAUGAGCGAAAUCAUCAACAAAAGUCGAUCCGUGAAUUGUGAAUUCGCUAGAAACUACUUCCAAAAUUCGCGUACUAAUCAAUUUUGAAUCACG